UGCCCUGUGAGGAAAUAAUAACUCAUCAGACCCUCAGCUCUCGUGCUCCCGGGGAGAAGAAAGCCUUGUUCCAAAACGCUCUGCCCGAUCCUGUUGUCGACUUAACUUGAAUUGGGUUUCUGCGACCAACGAGGCACGACAGCCCGCUGCACGUCAACACGCGCCUCACAAGCCUCCCAGGGGCAAGUCAACUCUCACGCAGCACUUUAGCACAAACAAAUUCGCAUGCCAUGAUAGCAUGGCGCAAUGACGUAUUGCUGGUCUGGUCACCCUAUCAGACUCAAACGAGCCAGGCACCUCACGAAGCUGCUGAUUCCAACCAACCCGUUCCAGCCAGCUGUCAAGUCCAAUUUCAAGAUCCCGUACUCAACUCACCACUCACAGAAACACCUCAUAGCUCAUCCAAUCCCAAAUCCAGGCUGUUCGAAACAAAAUUCCCCAUCAAGGCUUGGAAUCCACCAGUCUGAAAUCCAUAUGCCGUCAACCACGUGUGUUCCACAUACCCGACCAUCUCCCCUGUUGGCAUCCGACAGCUCGGCGUACCUGGCCGUCACUCCAGCCAACCACACCGCCGCCAGCAGCCCAUCAAGGCCCAACCCGGUUGUUGUCCCUUGCAGCUUGCAUGUAAUUAGCCACGAGCCAGCGAAGCCAUACAUAGAAAAAAGCAAACCAAACCAUCGGCCACGACAUCGGCAGAGGUGGGGGAGCGGCAGCGGCCCGAAAGCCAACAAACGCAGGGGUUUCACAGGGCGCAAUCAUCACAUGGCCUGGUUCGAAGUACGUCCGUACCUAAUUCUAGCCCGGUAGCCAUCGUCACAAAUAAAGACCCGACAGACAGCACCCUUCAUUUCGCUUAUGCCGGCAACGUCGUCGAGGUAUCCAUGAUGUGGCACUGUAUCACAGGACAGCAGUCACAAAGCGAAAGGUAACCGACAGUGGGAAAGCGAAG